UAGUUGAUUUUCUCAAUUGUUUCAUGGCGAUGUUGAAAUUGAAUCGUGGUUGGAAUUUGGGAAUGGGGAAAAAGUUCGAUUUUGGUACUCGUGGAGAAGGAGGAAGUGGAUUUUUGAGAAUUCGAAGAGAUGAUGAGAAACAGGGGAUUUGUUUGAAUUGCUGCAGCGGUGUUGAAAAUGGUAGAACGAUUACUAUGAGUGAUACUGAUUACUUUUAUAGUUCGAUAGCAUCAGUGACUGAUUCAACGACUCAAACUGAUAAUGACGAAGGAGACGAAUUUGUGAGGAUGAUGAGGGAAGCUCAGCCUUAUUUUCUUGCGCAUAGGGAUCGAACAUUUGUUGUUCUUCUGUCAGCUGAGAUUAUUGAUAGCCCUUAUUUGUCUUCCAUAAUCAAGGAUAUCUCGCUCCUUCAUGGCCUGGGAAUCAAGUUUGUUCUUGUACCUGGAACUCAUGUCCAAAUUGAUAGGUUUCUGGCUGAAAGAGGAAGUGAGCCCAAGUAUGUAGGCCGCUACAGAGUAACAGACCCUGAUUCACUGAUGGCUGCAAUGGAUGCAGCUGGGAGAAUUCGUCUUAUGAUAGAGGCAAAGUUGUCUCCUGGGCCAUCAUUGACUGGUGUCCGCCGGCAUGGAGAAAAUAGUCGCUGGCAUGAUGGUGUUAGUGUUGCUAGUGGUAAUUUUCUAGCAAUGAAGAGAAGAGGAGUUGUAGAAGGAAUUGAUUAUGCAGCGACUGGAGAAGUAAAGAAGAUAGACGUUUCUCGCAUUCGUGAGAGACUUGAUCAGGAUAGCAUUGUGUUAUUAAGCAAUCUUGGAUAUUCCAGCUCCGGAGAAGUUUUGAACUGCAACACAUAUGAAGUUGCUACAGCUUGUGCCUUGGCUCUAGGAGCAGAGAAACUGAUUUGUAUUAUAGAUGGUCCAAUUCUGGAUGAGUCUGGCCGUCUUAUUCGUUUCUUGACUCUUCAAGCUGCUGACAUGCUGGUUCGCAAACGAGCAGAACAAAGUGAGGCAGCAGCUAAUUAUGUAAAAGCUGUCAGUCAAGAGGACUUCAAUCGUUUAGAUCACAAUGGUUCUAAUGGAUCAAUCUCUUCCUACAAUAUGAAUGGGUUUAGCCAAAAAUACAGUGUUUUUCAGAAUGGUGUUGGUUUUGACAAUGGGAAUGGGCUUUGGUCUAGUGAGCAGGGUUUUGCCAUUGGAGGACAAGAGAGGUUAAGUCGACUAAAUGGUUAUCUUUCAGAGUUAGCUGCAGCUGCUUUUGUGUGCAGAGGAGGUGUUCAAAGAGUUCACCUGCUGGAUGGUACUAUUGGUGGAGUUUUACUAAAGGAAUUAUUCCAAAGAGAUGGAGUUGGGACAAUGGUAGCUAGUGAUCUUUACGAAGGAACACGAAUGGCUAGGCUGUCGGAUAUUCCCGAGAUCAAACAAUUAUUACAACCUCUAGAAGAGUCUGGAACAUUGAUCAGAAGGAGCGAGGAAGAGCUGGUGGAGGCACUGCAUUCAUUCAUUGUUGUGGAGAGAGAAGGCCACAUUAUAGCUUGUGCUGCUCUCUUUCCUUACUUUGAAGAAAAAUGUGGAGAGGUUGCUGCUAUUGCCGUUUCUCCUGAUUGUCGUGGCCAAGGACAAGGAGACAAAUUACUUGAUUACAUUGAGAAGAAGGCAUCCUCCCUUGGAUUGCAAAUGUUGUUUCUGCUUACAACUCGCACAGCUGAUUGGUUUGUGAGGCGCGGUUUUUCUGAAUGUUCCAUCGACUGCAUACCAGCUCAAAAAAGGAAAAAGAUCAAUCUAUCUCGUAGGUCGAAGUAUUACAUGAAGAAGCUGUUACCUGAUAGAAGUGGUAUACGCUUUGACAACCCCUUUUCAUAAGAACAAAAAAGAGGUUUCUGCUGGUCUCUGUAGUGGCUCUGCAAUAAGCUUGGAUUAAAUGGGCAAUCCUUGUUAAUAUGUGUCCAUUAAGUGUAAUCAUAGAAAAAAUAUGCGCCUGUAAAAUUUCAGGAAUGUUACAUUGUCUGCUUUAUAAUGUAGCCUAUGCUUGAUUUGGUUGCUAACAUUCAUCUGUCUUUAACCUUUAUGGGUCAAAUUUUUAGAGUUUAUGUUGAGUUAAGAAAAGCUGGAGCGAAGGUUCCUUCUUGUGCUC